GUAACAGCUUUCACAGUCACAGCACCUCUCUAUCUCUCGCUUCUCCUUCAUACCACCGGAAAAUGUCGUCCGUCAUCGACUGCUGCGGUGUGCCCUCAUUCAUUCCUUCUCCUUCACUAUCCACGGAAUCCGAGAUUUCAAAGCUUUGAGCUUUAUCCACCAAAUUCAAUUCUAGCAAAAUUCCAAGGCAGCUGGAGUUUAUGGUUCUUCAAUCAUCUCCCAUAUCCUACUCAAAGUUCUUGCCAUUGCUCAGGCAAACCAAGUCCGUAAAUGAGGGCCUCCAAAUCCAUGCCCAGCUAGUUAAGCAUGGAUUAUCCCAUGAUCCUAAUCAUCGUAACCAUUUGAUAAAUUUUUAUUCCAAGUCCAGAGCUUUUUCCCAUGCCCGCAAACUGCUUGAUGAAAGUCCUGAACCGGAUUUGGUUUCUUGGUCCUCUCUGAUAUCUGGGUAUGCACAGAAUGGCCUUGGUGCAAAGGCUACUUUGGCCUUCCACGAAAUGCAGGCCUUGGGCGUUAAGGGGAAUGAGUUCACCUUCCCCAGCGUGCUCAAGGCUUGUGCAAACACGAGCGAUUUUGUGCUUGGGAAGCAGGUUCAUGGAAUUGUAGUAGUUGCUGGAUUUGAGUCAGAUGUUUUUGUGGCAAAUACUUUAGUGCUUAUGUAUGCGAAAUGUGGUAGUAUUGUAGAUUCCAGGAGGUUGUUUGAGGACAUCCCGGAUAGAAACGUGGUUUCUUGGAAUGCUUUGUUGACAUGUUAUACUCAAAGUGAUCUUUUCGGGAAAGCAAUGGGAUUGUUUCAGGAGAUGGUUGUGGGUGGAACUAGGCCCGAUGAGUAUAGUUUGUCAACUAUAUUAAAUGCUGCCACGGGUUUAGGAGAUAUUGGUCAAGGGAAGAAGAUUCAUGGCUAUUUGAUAAAGCUGGGGUACGAGAGUGAUCCGUUCUCAUCGAAUGCACUAGUAGACAUGUAUGCAAAAGGAGGAGAUCUAGGAGGUGCGAUAGCUGUUUUUGGUAAUGUGCCAGAACCUGAUAUUGUUUCUUGGAAUGCUCUUAUUGCUGGUUGUGUGUCUCACGAACAUCAUGUUUGGGCUUUGGAAUUGUUAGAUCGGAUGAAAAGCUCUGGGGUGAACCCUAAUAUGUUCACCAUAUCUAGUGCUCUUAAAGCUUGUGCAGCAUUAGGUGUGAAGGAAUUGGGUAAACAGUUUCAUGCCAAAUUGAUAAAGCUGGAGACGAUGACAGAUCGCUUUGUGAGUGUUGGCCUCAUUGACAUGUAUAGUAAGUGUCGUUUGAUGAAGUAUGCUUUAACUGUUUAUCAUUUGAUGCCGGAAAAGGAAUUGGUUGCAAUAAAUGCAUUGAUCUCUGGACUCUCACAGAAUGGGGAGAUCAGGGAAGCUCUUACUCUAUUUCACGAGAUGCAUAAGGAAUUUAUGGAAUUUAACCAUGCUACUUUACUAGCAGUGCUUAAUGCUAUUGCUGACUUGCAGGCUACUAGCAUGUGCAAGCAAGUUCACACGCUUAUUAUGAAGUCUGGUUACGAAGCUGAUAAUUUCAUUACAAACAGCCUUGUUGACUCAUAUGGGAAAUGUAGUCAGGUUAAUGAUGCAGCUAGAGUUUUUAAAGAAUGUCCCAAUGUGGAUCUACCAUCUUUUACAUCAAUAAUGACGGCAUAUGCUCAACGGGGGCAAGGUGAAGAAGCUUUGAAGCUCUAUUUGAAGCUAUCAGAAAUGGAUAUCAAGCCAGAUUCUUUCGUUUUCAGUUCUCUUCUCAAUGCCUGUGCAAAUUUAUCAGCUUAUGAGCAGGGGAAGCAAAUUCAUGUCCAUGUCUUGAAAAUGGGGUUUAGCUCAGAUAUCUUUGCUGGGAACUCCCUUGUCAACAUGUAUGCCAAAUGUGGAAGUAUCGAGGACGCUGGUUGCGCUUUCUCUGAGGUUCCGGAGAGAAGUGUUGUCUCCUGGUCCGCGAUGAUUGGUGGACUAGCACAACACGGCCUGGGUAAAGAGGCCCUCGAUUUGUUCAAUGACAUGUUGAAAGAUGGUACAACUCCCAAUCACGUAACAUUAGUCAGUGUCCUCUCUGCCUGUAAUCAUGCUGGUCUAGUUGAUGAAGCUCAACGGUAUUUUGACACUAUGAAGGAGCGAUUUGGCAUAGAACGAACGCAGGAGCACUAUGCUUGCAUGAUUGAUGUCCUUGGCCGAGCUGGUAAGUUGGAUGAAGCAAAGGACCUCGUUAAUAGCAUGCCGUUUGAAACUAAUGGCGCCAUAUGGGGGACACUUCUUGGAGCCGCCAGAAUUCAUAAGGAUGUAGAGCUAGGACAACAUGCUGCUGAGAUGCUCUAUACUCUUGAACCAGAAAAAUCGAGUACACAUACUAUCCUGGCUAAUAUUUAUGCCUCAGCAGGAUUAUGGGAGGACGUUGUUAAGGUGCGCAGAUUAAUGAAAGACAGGAAAGUGAAGAAGGAACCCGGGAUGAGCUGGAUGGAGGUGAAAGAUAAGAUACACACAUUUAUUGUUGGAGACAGAAGCCAUCCUAGAAGUGAAGAGAUAUAUUUGAAACUUGAGGAGCUGGGGCAUCUAAUGGCCAAAGCUGGUUAUGUUCCUUUGUUGGACACAGACCUCCAUCGUGUUGAAAGUAAAGAAAAGGAGAUUCUCCUCUCGUACCACAGUGAAAAGCUUGCUGUGGCUUUUGGGCUGAUAGCCACCCCGCACGGAGCUCCUAUUAGGGUGAAGAAGAACCUUCGCAUCUGUUUGGAUUGCCAUACAUCGUUCAAGUACAUCUCUAAGAUAGUGUCGAGAGAGAUCUUUGUUAGAGAUAUCAAUCGUUUCCACCACUUCAGGGACGGGUCUUGUUCCUGUGGGGAUUAUUGGUAGUGUGCUCUAUCUGCAGCAUGAUGGAGCAAUUCAAUGUCGUGUUGCUUCAGGAGAAUGAUUCUUAUUAGAAAUGGGCCACUUGAGCUUGUGCAGGUACAUGGCAACGUUGUGUGCUCAACGUUAGUUAUUGAUAACGAUCCUACCUAAUUGUGAUGAAGGUGUACAGAAGUGGAGUAAACUCCUUGAUCAUAAGCUCAUUAUACAGCCUCACAACAGCAAAUGUUGUAAAACAUUAACCUGAGCUGUUUUUUCUUGACUGUCUGUGCAUGAAAAAUAAUGAUUCGGUGAAACAUUUAUGAUUACAUUUUGGGUUGAAUGCAGAGAUUCUGGCACCAUCGGAAUCCCCAAUGCAGAGGCUCCGCCAGAUGUGAACACGGCAUAUCUCCCCCCUCCAACCCCAGAACCUGCAGUUGUUAGGGUUGCUAUUCCCCUUGCAACACCAGCCCCUGCCCCCACAAGGAAUGUUGAUGCUUCCCCUCCAACAGCAUCCCCUGCCCCAACAAGAAUUCACUACGGCGGUGGUCGGAAUUGUGUCCACUGACGAAGGAUUUCUUCGCUGUCAUAAUAUUACACAGGUAACCUCCAGCUUCUUUUAGGAUCAUGGUGGAGCUCAGCACAGAUGGAUUUAUUGACCUAUGUUGCUUAAAAAUUAUCAAAGUUCCUUGAUCUUUUGGGUAUCAUUGGCUCUGCAAAUUGUCUCGUUUUGCAAACAUGAUUAUGACCCCCCACCGGUCAGAGCAACAAUUUUUUUGGGCGGAUCGGAAAACUAUCCGUGGUCAAUUUCAACUCCAGACUUGAGGACAAGGCUGUUUCAAAAGUGGAGUAAUUGAUAGAGAACGUUUAGAAUUAUAUUGAGAUUCCAGCUUUAUUGCUGUGGCCAUGGCUUGUGAUUUUAGGUUAAGCUUUGCAUUAUUAGGCCAAGCUUUUUAGUUGCUAAUUGCUAUGGUGCAAGCUGUAUGGAGUCAUAUUUCUUCAAUGCCUAUGAGAAUAUAGGACACAUUUGCUUAAAAAAUCCAUCUUUAUUCA